GACCUGGAAUCUCCAGCGAAGUUGAGGAGCUUUGUUUUUGUUUUUUAAACUCAAAGUCUGCGGGAUUCAAAUCACGAUAUUCUCGAGUUUUCCGCGUCCUUGGUUUUAUCCGUUAUGUGAUUUCACAGAAAACGCAGCAUGUGGACUUUUCUUCGGGUUCGUUCUUUCCUCACUUAGCGAAGUCCCAGCGCGAUGCUAACGCUAGCUAGCGGCUAACAGCCAGUGUUGUGACGAUGCGUCGGGAAGGAGCUUCUUCCUCCUUUGUUGUCCCGUCAAACUCCAGCCUUUGAACAAGAGGACCGUGUGUGUAAGUAACAAGUGUGUUGGAUGGCGGUGGCUCCCGCCUCGAUGGCGGAUAAGAUCAUAGUCCUUGACGAUGAUGAAGAGGAGAGUGCUCAACCCUCCUUUGCUGCUUCCACCUCGUCCACGGAGCAUCAAGCCAAACAUGUCUCACCACUCAAAGCUCAGCAGCCGCUCCCCACCCAUAUUACCCAGUCACCCUUUGCCACCACGAAGAAGCAGAGCCAUGUCCUGCAAGCAGAGAAUGAGAAACUGUUCACUGAGUUUCUGGAGCACUGCUCGACACUCACCCAGGACUGUCCCGAGGUCUUGAGCUUCCUACAAACCAAACACGCCAAAGCCUCCUCUGACUUUCUGUCAUCCGUGGAGUUCAGGAACACGUUGGGGAGAUGUUUGACUCGUGCUCAGGCCCACCGCUCUAAGACCUUUGUCUACAUCAAUGAACUGUGCACCGUACUCAGGCAGCAUACCGCCAAGAAGAGGCAGAGCCUCACCAAGGUUGAGCCUGGGUCUUCUACCUCAACGUCAAGUUUUCUCCAGUCUACCUCUGUUAUAUUUCAAGGUACAGACAAGACUAAAGUUAAGCUGGAGGCGGACGGUGGGAAACCCUCAGCGGAAGAUGAGCAACCUUCCACCUCAGGGCUGCAGGAGGACCACAAAGUGGAGGAACAAGAAACGGAGAAAAAGGCAAAGAGGGCCUCCAGGAAACAAAUCGCGUACCUGGAGAACCUGCUGAAGGUGUACAACGACGAGAUCAGCCGCCUGCAGCAGGCCGAACUGAGUUUAGACGACCUUGGAGCCGAGGACUCCUUAUACAUCCAGGAGCACAAGCUGAAACGCAAGAUGAUUAAAAUCUAUGAAAAGCUGUGUGAACUAAAGGGCUGCAACACGCUAACGGGCCGAGUCAUUGAGCAAAGGAUCCCUUACAAUAGCACUCGUCAUCCUGAGAUCAACAAAAGGAUCGAGCGUUACAUUAACAGUCAGGAGGCCCAGAGGAACCCUCCGGAUUACCAAGACAUCCUCCAGCAGGUGUUACGUGCCAACGAACGCUACAAGCUGUGCCUGAGCCGAAAAGUUCUGAACCAAAUUGCCCUGGACGCCUUCAGAGAGACCGGGAGCCGCAUACAGGAGAGACGUCACCUGGACCUGGUGUACAACUUCGGCUCGCAUCUCACCGACAACUACAAACCUGCCUCAGACCCGGCUCUUUCGAGCCCCUCACUGCAGAAAAAGCUGCGAUCCAACAGAGAAGUGGCGCUCUCCAGCCUCGAGGAGGUUAUCAGCAAGUUCGCCAUCAAACAAGUUGACAAAGAGGAGCAGGAGAGGAACAAACGACAGGAGAAAGAGGACAACUCAGAAAAGGGAGGAGAAAGUAAAGAGGCGAACGGAGUGGCAGAGGAGGACGAAGAACCGGAGGAGGAGGAUGAAGAAGAAGACGACUCAUCAGACCCAGACAUAGAGAAGGAGAUCCAGGCCAGCACUCAGCAAGAUGGACCUGACGAUGAUGAGAAUGAGGACGACAACAGCAAUGAGGCGGAGCAAGCAGGAGACGACACCCAGACGUUGGAUCAGACAGACGAGCUGUCGAGAAGUGUUAAAGAUGGGGCAGAAGAGCCAGUCACAAGAGGACUCAGUCCUCUAUCGGAUGAAGGCAAAUCCCAGAUCUCCCUGUCUGCUAUCCCCUCACCUAGAGACAGCCCGAGCCAAUCAGAGCCCAUGCAGACUGAUGAGCAGCAGCCAUUGUCUAAUGGUAAACUUGCAGGACUAGAGGAGCGUGUGGAUUCCUCCAAUCAUGUCUCGCUCGUGCUGGUAAGCACCAGUAAAGACACUGCAGACAUCUCCCUGGUAGCAGCCAAUGGGAAAUCUUCGCCCCCGUCACCAGCAGCGAUCUCAGAAAAAUCGACCACGAUGAUCUCCAACGGCACGUCGCCACCACCCAGCCCCCGAACUACGAGGAGUCGGAAGAGGAAGAGGGAGGAAGUCACAUCAGAGAACUCCAUAAAUACAAAGCACAUGAUCAUCCAGGACAGUGAGGUAGACAUCCCUCUGGAUAUGGGUGUUUUUAGCUGCAAUUCUCCACCUGCCAUCCGAGCAGACACUCCACCCCAGGACCUUGUCAGCAGCUCCCAGGCGACGCCGCCUCCCAAGGAAAACAAGGUCAACGUGGCGACCCAGUGUGACCCAGAUGAGAUCAUUGUCCUGUCCGACUCAGAAUGACCUUUCCCCUUUGACCCCUCACUUGUACUGCAGAGAUUCUUCCACCUCUGGCUCGAUCCUGGGAGCCAUUUCCUGAAAGCUCCCAUUUCCAAGGUUUCGGAAUUGUUGAGAAAAGUGCUGCUUUAAAUCCAAACAGUCAAGAAAACAACGGAAGACAGGGAAAACUGAAUUUAGUAUCUUUUGUCAACAGACUACCAAACAAAAGCCAAGGCACUUUUUUUGUAAACAACUUUAAUAAAAUAAUUGUGAGCUAACAGUUACAGGAAAGAGCGUGAACAGGAUGUUUGUU